AGUCAACGACCAAUAGAAAAUAAAAACGAAAAAAAGCGAAAUGCUUCUUAAAAAGCAGCAUGAAACAUGGCCGAUGUUUUGUUUGUGUAGGGAAUUGCUGGUGUUGCCGCAACGAUAGCGAUGUUUACAUAUAUUUUUGUUUGGCGCGAGUGAACAAUAAAGGGGAUAAAUACAGAAAAUGAACGCUACAAGUUUAUAUGUGUCGACGUGUAGAUUAGUUUUGCAAGCCGAUUCCGAGGAUGCUAAUUCAUGGACAGAUUUGUACAGACUAGUUCCCUACUUGAGACAAAGUUUAAGCUGUACAGUAUGUUCAAAUUUGCUAAUCGAACCUCAUACACCGACAGAAACAAACUGUCAACACCACGUAUGCAAGAGUUGUAAGGGUGGUCGAAAAAAAUUAAAGCCCUCCUGCAGCUGGUGUAAAGACUACGACAAGUAUGUGGAGAAUGUGCAACUUAGAAUACUUUUACAGUGCUAUAAAAAACUCUGCGAGUAUCUAUCAAGCACCAAUAUAUACCGAAAUUUAAUACUGUCGAUAUCUUCUAAUAACCCAAACAACGGCGCAUCCACAAUGGGAGCUUCUAGUCUGAUGGAAUUGAUCCAGGAAGGCGCAGGAUUCAAAGAUGAGUUUAAGAGCAACGCUGGACUUUCUAAAUCAGCUUAUAGUAUAUUGCCUUGUAUAUACACCAGCACGACAUCCACACAAACUCAAGGAAAUUCCGUACAAACAACGGAAAGCAUAUCUCCUGUCAUACCUGAGUCACCUGCUAUUCGAACAGUUUCCAAUGGUUCGUCGAUAUAUUCAGUGAUGUAUGCUGGUUCAGGAAAUAAAAUAACGAUUAAGAGAAAAGCGGCAGCUGCGGAUGAUACCGAAUUGUUGCAACAAGAGGUCGAUGGAACGGCUCAAAGCUCUCUUGGAACUGUCAAAUGUAUCACAUCGUCUCAUCUCAACUACGGGGCAUCGUCUCCAAAAAAAUCUUCAAAGAGCAGCAAAUCGGCAGGUAAUUUUAAAAAACCAAGAUCGAGUUCGACACGCAGCAAAAGAAAAGGUUGUAGAUGCGGGAAUGCGACUGCGGUACCAGGGAAAUUAACAUGCUGUGGGCAGAGAUGUCCCUGUUAUGUUGAAAGCAAGCCUUGCAUCGAAUGCAGAUGUAGAGGCUGCCGGAAUCCCCAUACGGCAGAUGGGUUGAAGAUUCGUCCGCAUAUACCUGAACUCCAUAAUCUACAACUUCAAUUAUCAACGCCGGUAGAAUGCGAUUCACUGACCUCGGAUCCAUUAAGUUCGGUACAGCAGUGUCUCUCCACAUCUCCUACAACAAUACAAGUAUUGAAUGUAUAUUCGACGCCUAGGCUAGACAUUGAUAACGUACCUCAAAAUUUACCAGCCGCACUUCUCGUUGGUGAAGAUGCAAUGGUUAGUACGGAAAGCGAGGCUGAAGACAGUGACGUACAAAUUGAUGUGUGACGAUGUAUGUGAAGACGCUUCAGCAGCGUCGUGUGUUAGUCGAGUUUUCUAAAGUCUAUCACGUUUGAAUGUUAUAAAUUGACUAGAAAUUUUUAUAAAAAAGAACAUUAAAACAUAAAAAAAAAACCAAUUGUAAAAUAAAUAAAAAAUAACAAAAUCAGGUGUGGGCUGCGACCAUGAUAUGUAUGUGAAUACGUACAUAUAGAUUGAUAAGCCUGUUUGAUUAUUAAAAAAUUAUUAGUCUUUUUUACAUGCGAAUUAUUUGUAUCGUUCCAGUUGUAACGAAGAAUAGAGUGAUGGUGUUUCCAAAGUGUCUCAAUCUCUAUACUUAAAAAAUUCAAGUUUCCAGGAAACUCAGUAAUUAUGUACAAAAAAGGAAGAACAGUAGAAGAAAAUAAAUUAUCUACAGUCAAAGUU